UAAGAGCAGCCCAUCCGCCGCGCCGAGUAAGCUUUGUUGCAGUGAGCUUGUUCUCACCAUGUUGCUGAACACUGCUGCAGUCGUUUGUUUCUGCAGCCAAGUGGCUCUGGUAUCCGGAGCGUCCGGACCGAAUGGCUGGAGCCGGAAGUACCAGAAACGACAGUUUCGGCCAGAACAUCAAGGGCCAUCACGGUUACGCGACCGAGCAGAUCAGAUCGUCCCCGUGAACACAAACACCUCCAGAUUUGUGGUUGAUGGAACUGCGCUGCCCGACGUAGAUUUCGACAUUGGACAGGCUUUCGCUGGUCAGCUGCCCAUUUCGCAGGAGGCCAACGAGACACGCAAGCUGUAUUUCUUCUUCUCGCCAUCCUCGGAUCCAGCUGCAAGUGAUGAGAUCACGAUAUGGCUGAAUGGCGGUCCAGGAUGCUCCAGUCUUGCAGGCUUCUUGCAAGAGAAUGGUCCUCUGUCGUGGAAAUAUGGCACUUACAAGCCCGUUCCGAACAAGUUCAGCUGGAACAAGCUCACAAACAUGGUUUGGCUAGACCAACCACUCGGGACGGGCUUCUCCAACUCGGAGCCUACAGAUCAAAGUGAAGAGGACGUGGCGAGAAAUCUUAUGGGCUGGCUCCGCAAUUUCAUUGACACUUUUGGCUUCCAUGGCCGAAAGAUCUAUUUGACUGGCGAGUCGUACGCUGGCUUCUACAUCUCAUACACUGCCAACGCCAUGCACGAAGCAAAUGACACCACUUACUUCAACCUACAAGGUGCAUUGCUGUACAGUCCGGCUGUUGUAUGGUCUUCAGUAUCACAGCUCAUUCCAUCUGUACCUUUCGUCGAUCAUUGGGCUCCGGUGUUUAACCUGAACGAGACUUUCAUGACCUCUAUACGCAAUGCUUCGGAAGCUUGCGGCCACAGAGAGUGGAUGGAGACUCACUUGACCUUCCCACCUCCUCAAGGACCUUUUGGCACACCUCCAGACGGACUUGAGUAUCGCGAUGGGUGUGACACGUGGUCUGCGAUCCUCGAUGCCACCAUGCUGGCCAACCCGUGCUUCAACUCUUACCAUGUUACCGACGCAUGCCCGAUCUUGUACGACCCACUCGGUUUUCCAUACACGUUUCAGUACGUUGCGCCAGGAGCACAGGUGUACUUCAAUCGCAGCGAUGUGCAGCGGGCCAUCAACGCUCCCGACAUCAGCUGGUCGACUUGUCGAACGGAUGUUCUGACGAGUGAUGCCAGUGAAUGGCCAUCGCUUGCCGACGCAGGCGUCGAUCAGGCUCCGCUCGCAGCUAUGAUCGAAAAGAAUAACCGCACAAUCAUAGUGGCAGGCGACUCGGAUUUCCAGUUCGCUCCCAAUGGUACCUUGAUGGCGAUCCAGAAUAUGACGUGGAACGGAGCGCAAGGUUUUCAGAGCAGGCCGUCUAAGCUUUUUGUGGUGCCGUACUUUGACCAGGACAUCUGCGACAGCAGCUCGCUGGGAAGUGAGCAAUGCGGUGAUCUCAAUUUUGCGGGCGCUGGCGUAUUGGGCAAGACGCACUCUGAGCGUGGGUUGACAUGGGUGGAACAAACGGGUGCUGGACAUGCUGUGCCACAGUAUAAUGGAGCUGCAGCGUAUCGCCAUCUAGAGUUCCUACUUGGUCGGGUACCGUCUUUGGAGGAACGAUAGAUGUUGAGAUCAUACUGGAAGGCAGAGGCUGCAGGCGAUCAUAUCGUACGUCCUUGGUCUCAAGAUUGCCGCACCAACUUCCAGGUCUGGUCAAUUGUUCUACAGCCCUGAAUUGCGGGCGUGGCGCCAACCGCCAGCUCUGGAUCGCCUCGGAUCCCACCUUGAGUUCUGGAAAAGGAAAAUCGUGCAUCAAACUGCCAGGGCACAGCGCAUUCGGGCUCUCUCAAGUGCGUCGUAUGAUAUGCAGCGUGGCGCAUCGGUCAGCAGCCUUGUACAACACGGACCGACGUAAAAGACUCGUU